UUGGAAUAUAGGUUGGCGGUUUGUUGAUGAGUUUCAUUGAAACUUCCUUGCCUCCUUCCUCUUCUUUUCUUUCUUCUUUCGUUUUUUCUGACCUUUCACUUUUGUUCCUUGAAAACAUGAUAUAAUAUAAACACCUUGAGAAACUUGCAAUGUUCAAAGAUUGUUCAAUCUCUUAUUUUUCUUCUUCUAUAGCUGGUGUUCAGCCCAACUGUCCUUCAAGUUAUCAUCUUUCUCGUUUGGAGGGACAGAAAUAUGGCCGGAAUGCUUCCCGGAGUGGAAUCUGCCCGAAGGAGACGGAUCCAUGGAGGCACAAGGCGUUCACCUCUCUGUUUAUACACAAGCAGCCAUGAAAAGCAUCAUACCUAUACUACCCCUUCUUUGCAGAGAAGUGUAUUUGACCAACCAUACAAGGAUGAGGAAUUGGGAGGAGCAGCAAGAGAAGCCAAAGAGAGGUUGGAUGAUAGGUUGAGAGGAAAUAGAAACUCAGAAACCAAAAGGAGUAACACCAAAGACUGCUCGAGGUAUGUGGAGGCCAGCUCCAUGGUCCUUGGAAAGUCGCACACAGAGGCGUUGAGUUCAAAACAGAGUGGCUCAGAGAGGUUCAGUUGGGUCAAGCUGAGCUGGAUACCCUCGGCCUCGGACCAAGAAAAUAAUGCAUUUUGCCUGUGAGAUGCUUGUUUGCCAUGACUAGAGAGCUAUGCUCAUUGGGCUUGUUAAGGAAUGGAAAUACUGAAAUAGAUAUAGUCUCAUAUUAAUCCUUCGUUCCUUCUUAAUUUGUAUAUAUGGCUAGAGAGCAGGGAACUAUUACUCUCAACAUUGUGUGAUGUUUGAUCUUGGAAAAUUCAACUAUUUUUGUUCAAGAUCCAAUAUAAUACGGUGCUCUAUUGGGCUUGAAGUUGAAAA